AUGAGCGCAACACACACAGAAUACUCCACGGAGAAUCCUCUGAACCGAGAGCCUCCGGUUAAGGAGCUCGUAUCGAGUUUUAUAACACCCAGUUCAAAAUCCUACAACCGGAACCACGGUCCCAUUCCACAUCUCUCCGCAGAAACGCACACAGUUAAUGUGGACGGCCUCGUCGCAACACCCCUCCGCCUCAGUGUCCACCAACUCGCCACCGAGUUCCCGCAGCAUGAAGUCCUCUGCGCGCUUGAGUGCGCGGGUAAUCGACGACAUACGAUGCGCACGAUGCUAAAGGAAGUCGAGGGCAUUGACUGGGGCGAUGCGGCAGUUAUGAAUUGUAAAUGGAGGGGUCCGAGGCUAAGGGAUGUUCUACGGCGCGCAGGGGUAGAACAGGGUCGCAAAGGGCUACAUGCUGCAUUCUCGUCUUUCCAGGUUCAAUGCCAGGAAGAUAAAUGGUUUGGGGGCAGUGUCGAGUUGGAGAGAGCACUCGACGAGAAGGCGGACGUUAUACUAGCGCUGGAGAUGAACGGCGCCCCGCUCGAACCAAACCACGGGUAUCCCGUCCGCGUCGUCCUCCCCGGAAUCGCGGGCGCGCGGUGGGUGAAAUGGCUUGACAAGAUCACCGUGCAGGACGAGGAAUCCACGAAUUUCUACCAGCGCCGCGAUUACAAGGUCCUGCCUGAGGAAGCCGUGGAUCGGGACGCCGCGGAACCAUUCUGGGACAAGACGCCGGCUAUGUCUGAGGUGUCGAUUAAUUCUGUUGUGGCGUUGCCCGAGGACGGGGAGACGGUAUACUUGUCGGACGAGGGGAAAUUGGUGGUGAAGGGGUACGCGGUUCCGCAGGGGUCGAGUGGGCCGGUGGUGAAGGUGCAGAUUUCGACCAAUGGGGGGAAGAAAUGGGUUGACGCGCAGAUUGGGGAGUUGGGUUCCAUUGCGGGUGGAAAGAAUGCAAGGAAGUGGUCUUGGGUUUUGUGGAGGGCGGAGGUUGAGAUUGAGGUUGGGGAGGGGAGGGAGGUGGUUAGCCGGGCGGUUGAUGCAGGAGGGAACAUACAGAAGGAGCAUUCACAGUGGAACUUGAGGGGCGUCGGGUAUAGCGGGUAUGGACGAGCGAGGGAUUUGAAUGUUCGACGACAGUGA